AGUCUGAAAAAGGCUAAUUUAUACUUCCAAUCGUAACAACAAUAUUAUCCAACAAUGAAUUUAACUGCUCUGCUACUGAAGUAUACUCGAGAUUUUACUGCCCAGCUCUAGUGAUUUGACGUGUACACGUCAGUUAAAUUUGCGUCGUUUUGGUUAAUGUGGAUAUUUUUAUAAUAGAAAUAAGAAAUAUUUAUUAAUAAUGGAGGGUUUAUUACUUGAGCCAACUUUGUAUACAGUUAAGGCUAUGGCAAUAUUGGAUAAUGAUGGCAAUCGUAUUUUAGCUAAAUAUUAUGAUAAAAAUAUAUUUCCAACAGCUAAAGAACAACAUGCUUUUGAAAAAAAACUAUUUAACAAAACGCAUAGAGCUAAUGCUGAAAUAAUUAUGCUUGAUGGAUUAACUUGUGUUUACAGGAGUAAUGUAGAUUUGUUUUUCUAUGUUAUGGGAAGUACAAAUGAAAAUGAGUUAAUUUUAAUGAGUGUUUUAAAUACCUUAUACGAUUCAGUUAGUCAAAUAUUACGAAAAAAUGUGGAAAAACGUUCAGUAUUCGAAUCAUUGGAUAUUGUUAUGUUGGCAAUGGAUGAAAUAUGUGACGGCGGAAUUAUAUUGGAUGCAGAUCCAGCAUCCAUUGUACAACGUGUUGCGCUACGUACAGAUGACAUUCCAUUAGGAGAACAAACUGUUGCACAGGUAAUACAAUCAGCCAGGGAGCAGUUAAAAUGGUCACUACUAAAAUAAUGAUUUUCUAUUUUUUAUAUGCUGUGAAAAAAUAUA